AUGGACCUUGAAAAAUUUUUUGAUUGGAGCAAGAGAUGUGGACUUAGUAUCAACCCUAGUAAGUCGGAAGUCAUUGUUAUAGGCAGUCCAGUAAUCCCGGCGGUCCUGGAGAGCUCCUCGCGCGAAGCAAACGACGCGUCCAACGCGUCCACUGCAUCGGCGGCAUUCGACGCGCCCGACAUUCGCGAUUCCCACGAUGCCACGCACUCUGAUCGCGAAAUGUCUCCACCGUCGCCCUCGUUGUCGCCAGUAAAUAAUGGUGAUAAUGAACAGACUCGUGAAAAUAUGGAAGAACUGGCUGCUAAUACGGGGGACACGUCCAGCGGCGACAACAAUCUCGAGGAUGAAGUGGUUGAUGUAGUGGGGACCGAUAAUCACGACUGUAAUGCUAACACAGAGGCGGCUGAGCAAGCAGGAGGCGACGAUGAACCCAACGAAGACAUGACAGUGCAGAUCGCUGAAUCUGCUGAAGUACUACCAGUUCAAGGGCAAGGGGUGAAGAGGAAAAGGGAAUCGUCGAAAGACAAAGAACCGGACUCGGUCAAAGGAUUUAAUCAGAGCCUGCUGCGGCUGUUGGAGUGCCCGGUGUGCCUGGAGUGGAUGGAGCCGCCCAUGUCGCAGUGCCGGCGCGGCCACCUCGUGUGCGGCCGCUGCCGCGCGCGCCUGUCCGCCUGCCCCGUGUGCCGCACCGCCUUCUCGUCCGUGCGCAACCGCGCCAUGGAGGCCGUGGCGGAGAUGCUGCACUACCCGUGCCGCCACGGCUGCGGGCGCGAGACGCGGCUGCGGCGCCGCGCCGCGCACGAGGCCAGCUGCGCCGCGCGCCACUACCACUGCCCCGCGCCCGCCUGCGCCGACCGCCCGCCGCUGGCGCUCGCCGACCUGCCGCAGCACUUCCAGGUACCCACACCUGACCUUUAUACUUGCACUCUUGUGCAGACUCUUUUCCAGACAAAGCACCUACCGCUGUUGAAGGUGGGUCGAAAGCAUAAGUUCUCAAUGAAGGUGAACUCGGAGCAACACGACAACUGGCUGGUGAUGGUAGCGCGCGAGUUGUUUCACCUACGCGUUGAUGUGGACAUCCGCACGUGGGGCGUGGUCGUGUACGUCGCCUACAUCGGGCCCAAGUGCAACGCCAGCAACUACACCUACGAGGUUACAGUCACCGGUCAACACAACGACAGGAAGCUAGUAUACACGCGUGCAACGCACAGCGAUUUGGAGAGUUCGUCUCUCAACGUGAGUCGUCAGGACUGCUUCCACCUGACCCUCGAUCAAGCGCUCAACUUUUUGCGAUUCAAAAACCGAUUCUGCGAACCGGACAAGUUCCUGGAUUUCGUGGUCGAGAUCAACAAACGCGAAGUGCCAGUCGAGCCAGCGGUCGAGUCGGAUUCCUGA